ACAGCCUGAGCUUGCUUUCAAACACCCAUGGCCAUGGCCAUAGAAUCCAUCCCCAUCAUCGAUUUCGCCGAUUUCGGUGACGGUACAUCCCCCGAAGCGCAUGAAAUAGGUAAAUCAUUUUUCAAAGCAUGCAAAGACGUCGGUUUCGCGUACUUGAUCAACACUGGUAUUCCUCAAGAAAUGGUUGAUGGCAUGUUCGAUUGGUCCGCAAAAUUCUUCGCACUCCCACUUUCAACCAAACAAAAAGCCCCCCACCCACCCGAGGGUUGGAAACACGUCGGCUACAGCCCCAUCGGGCUCGAACAAGUCUCCCAAAUGAUCUUCGACCCCACCGAACUAGCCUCGAUCCGUAAAGGCAAAUACCCAGAUUACAAAGAAUCCUUCGACAUCUUCGGCCAGGGUCCUACCAAACGUUUCGAUAACGUCUGGUUACCCGAAUCUGAUUUACCUGGUUUCCGAAGUUAUACUAUGAAAUAUUGGGAUACGUGUCGUCAAUUCCAGAUGGAGAGGUUGUUACCUGCUUUAGCUUUGGGUAUGGGGUUGGAUAGGGGGUUUUUUAAUGGGUAUCAUGGGGAUGGGAAUAAUCAGUUGAGGCUUUUGCAUUAUCCGGAAGGGCCGGUUGAGAUGUUUGAGAGUGGAGAGAAGGGGAGGAUGGGAGGGCAUACGGAUUUUUGUACGUGUACGAUGUUGUUUCAGGAUGAUGUGGGAGGGUUGGAGGUGGAGUGUCCGGGGAGGGAGGGGAUUUUUGUAUCUGUGCCUCCGGUGAGGGGAGCGGCGGUGUUUAAUAUUGGGGAUUUUCUUAUGAGGUGGUCGAAUGAUAUUCUCAAAUCGACGUUACAUCGUGUCCGAGCACCACCGAGGAGAGAAGGCGAUGGGGGAAAGACUCGUGAACGGUUUUCUAUUCCUUACGUAUGUCAUUUCGUUCACUCCCCCACCCGUGGAAGAAAAUGCUAAAUCGAUCCUCCUAGUUCAUGGCUGCAGACUCUGAAAC